AGCACAUGCAAUGCUGCGUCUAAAUUGAUUUGAUGAAUAGUUUUUGUAGAUAUUGCACUGGUGUUAUUGACCACAUAUGUUUUUGUUAAAAAUUAAAAUAAAGCAAUUUAAAAAAACCUCAGUUAUAUGUUGUUUGAGUCUGUGCUGCAUUUUCAUGUUGUGUCUUUCGUCUCUUCCUCAUGUGUCCCACCAAAGCCCCUCGAAAGCACUCGUGGCCGAAGAACCGCGGGAGUUUCUGUCAUUUCGUGCUCUAUAAGGAGAACAAGGACACCAUGGAUGCCAUCAACCUCCUGUCCAAGUUCCUCAGGGUCAGACCCAACAUGUUCUCCUACAUGGGCACCAAAGACAAGAGGGCCGUCACGGUGCAGGAGAUCGCAGUGCUGAAGAUCAGCGCUGAGAGACUGUCUCACCUCAACAAAUGCCUAAUGAACCUGAAGCUGGGGAACUUCAGCUAUAAGAAACCGCCCUUGAAACUGGGAGAACUGCAGGGAAACCACUUUACGGUGGUUCUCAGGAAUAUCUCCGGCUCUCAGGAGCAGGUGGAGCAGGCCAUGACUUCACUCAGAGAAACUGGCUUCAUCAACUACUAUGGCAUGCAGCGCUUCGGCACCACAGCCGUGCCCACACACAGAGUCGGCAG